AAGUGCAACUGCAUGAAUGGAGCGUCAUUCAGGUGAGCGGCGAGCAGUUAUUUGACUAUCAUUGCAGUAUGGAAAAUGAGCACGACGGGACACUUUCUAAGGGGUUAUUCAAAGUGUCUUUCUAAUGAGAGCGGUGUUUCUUUUCAAUGUAAUGGAUCACCGGACAGUUUUUCAGGUGUUUCUCUACUUUCUGCUCGUGACUGUGCGCUCAGAAGUGCAAAAAGAUUUUUCAGAAGAAUGCCGUGAAUUCAUGUAUAUGGGCACCCCCCCACGGGGUCUGGAGAAUCGGUCACUUAAAAAGAUCUGUCAGCGUUAUAACGGUAAGCCUCGGUAUGUCACUCUGUACGAUGUGGUGGAUCACAUCCCGGUGUAUUCUGCGUACACUUUCAAACGCUCCGACGGCUUCAAGAAGGUUGACGUUCCUUGGAUGUACGAGCCUCAGCUCUCCACAACAGCAGACUCUGGUGAGAUGCAGCCAUUCCCUCAGAAUGUCCACGGUAGUUUUUCAGACACCCAGGCCAUUUUGGAAGACUACUCGGACACUGUUGAAUUCGAGCGAGGCCAUUUGAACCCCGACGAGCACCAGGCUCACCCCGAUGACAAGGCGGCCACAUACACCCUCACCAAUGUGGUCCCGCAGGUCCGCGAGUUCAACAUUGGCCACUGGAAACGGCACGAGCACAUCAUCCGGCGUCGACUCAACAACUACUGCCGAGGUACGGCAUACAUAGUCACGGGGGUCACCACAUCUGGUAGGAUGAUCCGUAGAUACAACAUCGACCGAGUGGCCGUUCCUACCUACCUGUGGUCGGCAUACUGCUGCGUAGACUACGAUCGCAAUGCCCCGUUUGACGAACGAUCCAAAUUCCCGGCGUUCGCAUCCCAUGGCCUCAACGAGAAAGAAGGAGCGGAGGUCAUAGAGAUGUCUGUGCAGCAACUGGAAGAUUUUUUGAAGAGGAACACCUUUGUGGACAAGAGGUUUCAGAUUUUCUUUGAGAAUUGUGAGCCUAACAAUGUCAUUAUGAAAGGUCAGACUUAGGAGUCUUCAUCUCACAUGUCUAUCCUAUUGAUAUCUAAAUUCAUAGUCUUGUCUUCAACUGUUAGAAUUGUGUUCUGUUGAAUAAAUAUUCUGCCAUACACUCUUAAAGUUCCAAUUUGAAUUAGAAUAACGGUUUUACAACCUAAUAGCACAGAAAAAGACUUUUUAGGUUCCACAGAAAAACAUUCUUAGUUCUUUAGAAAAGCACUGAUGCAUCUACAGUACAAUACCAUUCAAAUAUUUGGGGUCAGUAAGAUUUUUGAAAGAAGUCUAUUAUGUGCACCAUGCAGGGCUGCAUUUAUUUCAUCAAAAAUACAGUAAAAACCGGUACGCAGUAUUAUCACUUCUAUAUUUAAAUCUGUAGCGUACCAUCACUUUUUCUUGUGUACCGCCACAUCUCAUGUUGCCGAUACUCUGACCCCAAACUUUUGGAUGGUAGUGUUUGUGCUUUAAAGAACCCAGAAACCAAUACACUGAUAUGAAGAACCCAUAAUGUAGUUUGAAGAAAUAUGGUGUUGCAAAGAACCACUGAAGAACCUUAAGUGUGUCCUCUAGAAAACCUAAGCAUCAAGCCUUGAAAAAUAUUGCCUUAGAUGCAUUUUUAGAUGCUUAUUGGAUAUAACACUUUACUUUUCGUCCUUUUUUUUUUUUUUUUCAUUUUAAGGGUAAAAUCUGUAUCCAUUUCUUUUAGCCUUGACUGGUAGAAUCAAGUUUUCAGUUUCAAAUUAACAAUAUUUAUCCACGAGAGGACAGAAAACAGUGAUAAAAUGAGAGAGAUUUAAUGACUAUAAUCAUCUGGGUCCUCGAGAGUUUUAUUAGGUCCAUUAACUUCUUUAUGAAACUGUAACAACUAAUCUUUUCUCACUUGGUAAGCAUGUUUAAGGCAAUUUAUCUGAAUACUGUAACUCUUCUAAAAUAAAAAUCGACCACUUAAUCUUC